AUGUCAAAACGAAAGAAAAAUGAUCCGAAUCCCGAAGAUGAAGAUGAUAAUGAUUCACAAGAUAAACAACAACGUCAUGUAGAACCACAGAAAGUUUAUGAUUUUCAUAAGAAAACAAUUGAAAUAUAUCCUGAACGUUUACGAGAAUUAAAUCGUCAGUUUCUUUCAUCUAUAUCCACACAAAUAACAAGUGAACCUUAUAGUGUACUUGUUGGUAAUUGUCUUGAUUAUGUUCGUCAAUAUUUUAAUUAUGAAGAUGAUUUACUUAAAUAUUCACCAUGGCUUGUAACAAGACUUAAACAAUCUCGUUCAGAUAUCGUUAAAUGUUUACCAGAAACGAUUGAUAUUUAUGAAGCACUUGCACGACAUGAUUUUGAUCGUAUAUUUGAUAAAAAUAAUAUUGAUACAUCAUCAUCUAUUCGAUCAUCAGAUGAUUCAAUUACAGAUAAAACUAAUAUUUCUGGUCAAUUAACUACACCAUUGGUUCAAUUACGUCCUCCUCCUCCGUCAACAAUAAGUUCAUCAACACCAUUAUUUAGUUUUACGAAACCACCACCACCACCACCAACAACAACAACAACCACACCUCCUGUUAGCGAAUCAACACCAUCAACUGGUUUUAAUUUUAAAUUGGCUACAACACCAGAAAAAAUAACAAAUACAUCACCAUUUUCUUUUACUCUACCAAAUACAGGAUUUGGAACAUCAACAUUCUCUUCGACUAAUUUUGGUAUUCCAACAAGUACAGAAAAAUCAACAACUGCUUUAGCACCUUCAAUAAGUUUUACACCACCAUCGAAAAUUUCGUUUGCACCAACACUACCAACUAAUAAAGAACAACAACCAACAGCAACAGAAGAUAAUGAAGAUGAACCAAGUGAACCACCAGAACCAGAAAAAGUUGAACAUGAAGCAGAUGCAAAAUUAACAUAUAGAUGUCGAAUGGGAGUAAAUAAAAGUGGUAAAUUAAUAAAACGUGGUCCUGUACAAGUUGUACUCAAAGAAAUUAAUGAUAAACGUCAAUUAAUUGUUCGAUCGGAUGAUGCUCUUGGUCGUUUAUAUUUAAAUAUUUUAUGGUCAAAAUUAAUUGAAAUUAAAAAAAAUUCAACCAAAGAUCUUACAUUCAUCUGUAAACUUAAUCCGGGUAUGACCGAAGUAAAAGAAGGUGAAUUUGUUACGAUAUUAUUUCGAUUUGACAAUGAAAUGGAACGUAAUGAUGCAUAUGAAAAACUUGGAAAAGAACGAACAUAA